AUGUCAUCUACAGAUAUCCAAUCCAAGGAGCAUACCAAUGCUGACUCCGAAAUCCACCCUCCUGAAAUCCACAGAGUCUCUGAAGCUGGAAAUGGUGGUGAGUUCGUCGUUUUAGGCAACAAACAUUACUAUAAACAUGAAUUAAUGAAGGCCUUUGGUGGUAACUUGAACCCCGGAUUAGCUACCCCACCAAAACACCAAUUUGCCAAUCCGGCUCCAUUGGGGUUGUCAGCUUUUGCCUUUACUACGUUUGUACUUUCUAUGUAUAACGCUGGAGCUAUGGGUGUUAAGCCACCUAACGUUGUUCUUGGUGCGGCUGCUUUCUACGGUGGGUUUAUUCAAAUGUUAGCCGGUAUUUGGGAGUUGGCUGUGGGUAACACUUUUGGUGGUACCGCAUUAACUUCUUAUGGUGCAUUCUGGUUAUCUUAUGUCGCCAUUCUUGUUCCUGCUUUUGGCAUCGAGGCCGCCUACGAAGGAACCGACCAAAUGGGAAAUGCCGUGGCCUUCUACUUACUUGCUUGGUCUCUCUUUACCUUUAUGUUGACCAUUGUAACUAUGAAGUCUACUUUGUUUUUCUUUUCGUUGUUCUUUUGUUUGGCCGUUACCUUUUUGCUCUUGUCCAUUGCUGACUUCACUGGUAAUAGCAAUGUUAAAACUGCUGGAGGUGUAAUGGGUGUUAUCACUGCCUUUUUGGGUUGGUACAAUGCUUGGGCUGGUACUGCUAAUAAAGCUAACUCAUACAUUACCUCAUGGCCAAUUCCUUUGUCUAAGCAGUAA